AUGUCAUUCCACGCCGGCGGAGCCACAACCCUCAGGCCCUUCCAUAGCCUCGCUCUUCUGCGAUCAACACUCUUUGAAAGAUUUUCCGAGCUCGACUUCACGCACUAUGGCUCCAUACUCGCCGUGGCCAGCCUUCUUCCGUCAGCCUGGGAGUUUGUCCACAGCACGGCAAGCCAUCUCUCGACCUGGAUCCAGCGCUUCUUCAUCGCAUCGAUAACUGUUCCAGCCGGCGACCCAAUCAACCGCAGCGUCAGUGCGUGGAUCCUCGAGCAUGUCAUUCAGCCACGAAGUCUUCGUUUCCAUACCGUCCGGACGGAGCUCGGAAGGGAUGCGGAUCCAGGUGCUUCACUGAAGAAAGCCCAGCGAUCGAUCCAGUAUCUGCCUCAUUGGGAAACGGCGUGGUUCUGGCACGGGAGGUCGUUGUUCGCAGUCUCGCGAUCGAUGGAGAGCUUCAAUGCUUCAAUGGGCGAUCCGACGUAUGAUGGGAUAGGUGGCGAGGAGUUGACCGUUCGUUGCUUGGGUCGUUCGUCAAGUCCGAUUCGUGAUUUCAUCCAAACCUGUCGUGAGGAAGCCGAGAGAAAAGCGCAAUUCUACGUGAUCAUUUACUCCCGCGAUCGGUACGGCAUGUCGUGGAAGCCAAAGUAUCGCAAGCCGCAUCGGGGUCUAGAGACAGUGCACUUCGACGAGACCGUCAAGCGGACCUUGCUUGACGACAUCAAGAGCUAUCUGGAUACACGCACCAGGAAGUUGUAUCAGAGUCGCAGCAUUCCCUACCGUCGAGGCUACCUCCUCUACGGCCCACCAGGAACUGGGAAAAGCUCACUCAGCACCGCUCUCGCCGGCGAGUUCGGUCUCGAUUUGUACGAAGUCAAAGUCCCCAGCAUUGCCAACGAUGCCGACUUGGAGCAGAUGUUUCAAGAAAUCCCACCGCGAUGUAUUGUUCUGCUGGAAGACAUCGACGCCGUCUGGUCCGGUCGGGAGACUCGUCAGGACCGGCAUCUCACGGACAGCAGCAGUGACACGUCUAGCACGCUAUCGAAUGUGACGCUCUCCGGUCUGCUGAAUGUUCUGGACGGAGUGGGAUCGCAAGAAGGAAGGCUGGUCAUCAUGACGACGAAUAAACCCGAGCAACUUGACCCGGCUCUUGUCCGUCCGGGACGAGUCGACUUCAAAGUCUUCCUUGGGAAUAUUAGCCAGGCUUCGGCAAAACAGAUGUUCAUGCGGAUGUUCUCGCCCGAGUUGUUGAGCGGAACGCAGGUCGAGGACACUAUGGAAGAUCGUCUGGAUCAGCAUGUGUCAAUGGAGAAGUUGAGGAUGCUGGCGAGCGAAUUCGCCCAGCAGGUUCCCGAUGAUACAUUCACGCCGAGCCAGUUGCAAGGCUUUUUCCAACGUCAUCUGAGCAGCGCGAGGGAAGCAGCUGAGGGCAUCGAGGACUGGGUUCGUGGCGAGUCUACUGGCCGAGAGGCAGAGGCUGAAAAAGAAAGGGUUGCAACAGAGGCAAGGUUAGCAAAGGAGCGGGAAGAAAGAGAAGCGGCGGAUAGACUGCAAAGAGCAGCAGCUGCAAGCCGCGCACGAGAGGAAGAGAGAUGGCAGAGACAGUGGGCAGAGAUGCAGCGUGCUCAGACAGAAGCUGUCGCGAAAGCCCGUAAAGAGCGUGAAGAACAGGAGCGGCACGAAUACGAACGAGCAAAACAACAGGAGAAAGAAUUGCAUAAGGAGAGAAAGCGUCAACGCAGGCUAGCGGAGGAAGAACAGAGGGAGCAUGAGAGAGUCGCUGCAGAGUGGAGAAGCAGACAGCGCGAAUGCCGACACGACGGCUGGUGGCCAAAAGUGCAAGGCAGGGCGACCUGCCCUGGGUGCAGACAAAGCUGGCCAUACUUGCUGACCUGUCCAGGUUGCAGUAAACAGGCUUGUCCGAAGUGCCAGGGCGACAUACGGACUGAGCGGAAUCGUCAGAAGUAUGAGGGCUACAUAUAGAUGUAAUUGGGCACCCGAAGCGAAUGUCAAGAAUCCGCUUCAAGCGAACGGAGUACGAUCGCACACAUCCGACGCACAUCACCGAGACAAAAUCGCAUUCACUUUCAUCCCACGGAUCUCCAAUUUACGAAGUACUUCACGAAGUACUUCACCAACCGUGGCCAGGACUUUCGAGCUAUGCAGUCGAAGUCCUUUAGGAUAUUGAAGGUGAUGAGACGACCAUAGAGGCAUCGCAGCUGCAGUUCGACGAGUGGUGGGCGUCGAUACUGAGCGAGGGU